AUGGAUUAUGAGCAUUUUGCGAUUACCUUGUUCGUCGUCGUCCUCUCUUUGCCAUUAAGCAUCGUAGCAGAUCCCACGUGCAACACCACUUAUACUUCUGGCAUCCCCUUCGACGUCUUCUCGGGCACACUCAACGUCUAUUCACAGUUCUGCGAUGAGGUGGGCAAGUACAACGGCCAUGAGUCCGUAUCAUGGACGGUCAACACUACAGGAGACAUGCUUUCCAAUACCCUCCCGCGUUUCGACUGGUCAUUUGAUCGCACGCCCGCUGCAGACGGUUACACCAUCGACCUUGCGUAUAAUCCAACAACUAGAGGCGUUCCAUGCGCUGUACAUGCUGGUUGUACCGAAAUCUUUCAAGGUUUUUCUUCAGUUUGUGGGCACAAUGGGGCAUCGAAAGAUCUCAUGGCGUAUCAAGCAUCGGCCGGGUCUGGCUGUGGUCUGUACACAUACUUCAUCACGCCUCCAGCAAAUGCCGUCAGCGAGCGCCGCUGCUAUCCGCUGAACUAUUUCGGACAUUAUCAUAUGAAAGUUCAGGACUGGGUAUUGAACAAGCUGAUACACGAGUUUGUUUGUAUACCAGACCGGCAAACGGUUCACGCGAGCGACAACUCGACCUGGCUAUGGAACGAGAAGUAUACCAUCAACAACGUGCCGUACCUUUUCCAAGUAUACUGGCAAGAUGGCUGCUAUCAACAAACCAUGGAGGCGGAUUUCAACUUCCCAAUCCCAGGACGGCAGGACGUAAAUUGCUCUGGGUUGUUGUGGAACGAUUUCACCCAGUGUUCGCAAAACGAUGGAGUUGGAGGCAACAUCACGGUUGGCUGUCUGGUUUAUGAGUACAAGACCAUUGACCAACGAGUCCAUGGCGGGUUCUAA